GUCAUGUCCUAUAACCGCCUCGGUGAGUAACGCUGUCAUUUCUAUUCCUCCUCUCGGUCCCAUGGUUCGGGGAAUUCGAUGCUCCAGUUUGUUAGAAGUUGGACCCUCGACCCAUUUGUUUGUCUGUGGAUCCUUCAAAGUUCAAACCUUUAAACAUUAGUGCCUUACCGUCGCCCUUACAUACAAUAUCCGCCCCCCCCGCAUUCCUCCCCUAAUCUACGCCAAGGGAUGCGCAAUUUCCUUUGGCUCCUCAUACAUUUUCAUACACUCGUUUCAUCGUUCGACGUUUCUGAUUAUUUCCGCUAACAUCUUUCGCUGUCGCUCAAGGCUCUGUUGGCGGCCACACUGACGACGAUUACGACGACCGAUACCACGCCUCCCAGGAACAGGUCCCGAUGAACAACCUCCCACAGAAUCGAAUCGCCUCACCUGGGCACCCGAAUCAGGGUUACCAGCUGGAAGAACGCUAUGGCUCGCCGUUAGAAAUACCUGUCGGUCCUGGUCCCGGUCCAGGCACGCCAUCGGAUCGAUUACAAGGGCAGCCGACCUAUUCGGUCGAGGGAAUGCACAAUUCAUUCGGCCAUAACGAACAAUACGACACCACCUAUCCCCCUCAACACCAGCCCCGUCCAGGCGACUAUGCCCUCAACCCCGACGACCACCAUGACGCAUACUUCUCGCAACCGUACAACCCUUCGCCGCAAGAGGGCCGGCCGCAAGAGGGCCGGCCGCUCAAUCAAUAUUCCUCUCAGGAAGGAGGAUGGCACGACUAUGAUGACGAUAGGCCAAUUCUCCAACCCGACAAUGUCUACGGUCCGGAUCCCCACAGCCCUGCCAGUCCACAUGCGCAGGAUCCCUUCCAAGGUGCAUAUACGGACGCGGCUCCUCAACCGACCCCGAGCCCUGCGCCGGUGCCGAUUCGGAGAUGGAAGACCGUCAAAGAGGUGCAAUUGUUCCAGGGCAACCUCGUCCUCGAUUGUCCCAUCCCUCCCCGACUCCUGAAUCAAGUCCCGCAUGCGCAAGCUCCGGAACGCGAUGAAUUCACCCACAUGCGCUACUCCGCCGCGACGUGCGACCCGUCGAACUUUUUCGAGGAGCGCUUCACGCUGCGCCAGCGGCUGUUCGCCAAACCGCGUCAUACGGAGCUGUUCAUCGUCAUCACCAUGUACAACGAGGAGGACGAGCUGUUCGCGCGGACGAUGAUCGGCGUGAUCAAGAACAUCGAGUACAUGAAUUCGCGCACAAGCAGUAAGACGUGGGGAAAGGAUGCCUGGAAGAAGAUCGUCGUGUGUGUGGUCAGUGACGGUCGUGCGAAGAUCAAUCCGCGAACGAGAGCCGUCCUAGCUGCCAUGGGGGUUUACCAGGACGGCAUCGCGAAGCAGCAGGUCAAUGGGAAGGACGUGACGGCGCAUAUCUACGAGUAUACGUCGCAGAUGGCGCUCGAGAUCAAGCGUGGCGUGGUCCAGGUGAAACGAGGAAGCACCCCGAUUCAGAUGCUCUUCUGUCUUAAAGAGAAGAACCAAAAGAAGAUCAAUUCGCAUCGAUGGUUCUUCCAGGCGUUCGGUACCGUGCUCGACCCGAACAUUUGCGUGUUGAUCGACGCCGGCACGCGUCCCGGGAAGGAUUCCAUUUACCAUCUGUGGAAGGCCUUCGACCUGGAGCCGAUGUGCGCCGGGGCGUGCGGUGAGAUUAAGGCCAUGUUGAAUAAAGGCAGGAACCUUAUCAAUCCCCUGGUCGCGACGCAGAAUUUCGAGUACAAGAUGAGCAAUAUCCUCGAUAAGCCGUUCGAAUCCGCCUUUGGCUUCAUCUCCGUGUUGCCCGGCGCCUUCUCCGCCUACCGAUGGAUGGCGUUGCAGAACGACAAGACCGGACAGGGACCGCUCGAGAAGUACUUCCUUGGGGAGAAGCUCCACGGCGCCAACGCCGGCGUUUUCCAGGCGAACAUGUACCUGGCCGAGGAUCGAAUCCUCUGCUUCGAACUGGUCUCCAAACGCAACUGCUCGUGGAUCCUGCAGUACGUCAAGUCCGCUAACGGCGAGACGGACGUGCCCACGGAGAUGUCCGACUUCAUCCUACAGCGUCGUCGAUGGUUGAACGGCUCCUUCUUCGCCGCGGUGUACGCCCUCGCGCACGCGUUUACCAUCUUCCGCAGCGACCACUCGUUCCUGCGAAAGGUCAUGUUCCUGUUCGAGUUCCUCUACCAAACCAUCAGCAUGAUCUUCGCCUGGUUCGCCAUCGGAAACUUCUUCCUGGUGUUCCGUAUUCUGACCGACUCGUUGCGCGACCCGCUGCUGCUGGGGACUGCGGGGAGGAUUUUGGCGAUCGUGUUUCAGUGGCUGUAUGUGGCGGUGCUGGUCACUUGUUUCGUGCUCGCGCUGGGGAACCGGCCGCAGGGCUCGAAUAAGUUUUACAUGAGCAUGGUGUACUUCUGGUGUCUCAUCAUGGGGUAUCUGAUGUUCGCAUCGAUCUACAUUACGGUGCGGGGCAUUCAAGAGGAGACCAAGGAUGGCGAUUUCAGCGUCUCGGAACUCUACAAGAACCCGCUCUUCUUUACGCUUAUUGUGUCUCUUCUCUCCACCUACGUCAUGUACUUCAUUGCAUCCUUCCUCUUCUUUGACCCAUGGCACAUGUUCACUUCGUUCAUCCAAUACCUCCUCCUAACCCCGACGUACAUCAACAUCCUCAACGUCUACGCCUUCUGCAACACCCACGACAUCUCCUGGGGUACCAAAGGCGACGACAAAGCCGAGAAGCUCCCCUCCGCUAACACCAAGCCCGGCGGUAAAGUCGCCGUCGACAUCCCCACCGACGACGCCGACCUCAAUACCCAAUACGAGACUGAAUGCCGCGUCUUCGCCUCCAAGUACGAGGUCCCCAAGAAGAUCCCCUCCCCCUCUGACAAGCAGGAGGACUACUACAAGGGCUUCCGCAGCGCCGUCGUGCUGCUGUGGAUGUUCACCAACCUCGCCCUGUGCGCCGUCGUGCUGGCCACGGGGGGGCUACAGGUCUCCGUCGAUCCGGAGAAGCGGGAUGAGGACUCGAAUAAUCGGGCGAAGAUCUACAUGGCGGUUAUCCUGUGGAGCGUGGCGGGACUGAGUAUGGUGCGGUUUAUCGGCGCGCUUUGGUUUUUGAUUGUGCGCAUGUUCCGCGGUGUCUAAACGCCGCUCGAUACGUUUGGUUUCGGUGUCCGGUUCUCACGAAACGGAUUUUGUCUAUCUACCAUGUUUCUACCAUCUUUGUUCCCGUCCCGUGUUUUGGGUCGAAGAUCGCAUCGAAACCCAUCAUGAAAACUGCUGUUAUGUAUAUCAACCGAGCUGGUCUUGCAGCCGUUUGUUUUCUCCAUCUCAUGUCAAACUAUAUUGGGGGCACCCGGCUCGUUGUAUAAAAUUAUCGGUUCUUGGUUUCUGUGUGCAGUAUGAGAGAAUGUCGCUACGGAUUUGACUUUGAUACAUAAAGUCCCUUACUGACCGGUCCCGGUGACUGGGCUCAAACUCGAGUGAAUAAACCUAGCCGCAUGGAACAGUCGGCCGUCUCUGAGUCGGCGGAUAUAUACUCAAUUUGGAUCCUUAGUAUAUUCCGCUCGUGAGUUCGUGACAUUAGGC